CAGAUGUCGCCAUCUUUUAAUUAAAAUUACGCAAAAUGGCCUCUGACGGAAAAUGUUUGCACUAAAAUAAUAAAGAGGCAAAUAAAAAACUACAACUCAAUUGCGUUAAGUUAAGACAAUUGUACGCCAUCUGAAUAUCAAUCUGGUGAGGGACACUGAUUACGAUGUCCAAACAUAGGCGUGCCGAGCAAUCUGGGAACAUACAAUCCUUUUUAAAUAACAUCCAUAAAGAAAUCGUCGACGGCCAAGAUGGACAAGGCCAAAGGGGGAAGCAUAAAGUACUUAAAUCGGUGAAGGCCAAGGAUUAUGAAGAAUACGAAGACUAUGAAGUCGAUUUGGAUGCUAUAAAUGAAGUGACUGAAAUGGACCAGGAAGAACCAAGUGUCGCGGAGGAGUAUAUAGAAGAGGAGGAGGUAGAGGAGGAAGAUGAUGAUGACGAUGAGGAUAAAUAUUUUAUAGACGAUGAAGGAAACUGCUAUAUCAAAACCACUCCGAAAAAGCAAUUGGAACUGAAAAAGAAACUCGAAAAGAAAGCCAAGCUACAGCAACAACAACCACCAAGCCGAUUGACCCGCUCCAAAACUGUCACUGUGGCAGCUGCUGUUACCAAAUCAAAACCAACAACAACAGCGCCGACUAAAGCCAUUAAACUGCGUCCAGCACAAACUUCACCGAAACGAGCUUUGCCCAGCAAGAACAUAACCGCAGUCAGUGUACGUCCAGCAGGAGUAAAACAGAAUGCAUCCAACAAGCGGGUUGUAGCACCGCCACCAGCACCCGCAGUAGCCGAUGAAGAGAUAUUGCCCGAUGAUGAUGACAAUGUGGUAGAAGAACUAAUUGAGGAAUACAUUGAUGACUUCAAUGAUUCGAAACCCACAAAAGUUGAAAUCAAUCCCGAUGAUGAGGUCUAUCAAUUCGAGGAUGAACAAAAUAUGGAUGAUCAAUCGAAUAAUACACAAACACUUGAUUUCAUAGAUUCGGGCAAACAAUACAAAUUGAAGCCAGCUGAACCAAAUAUGUCAGUUGGUGCCAGUAAAACAAACAACAAAGCCGAAAUGGUCACGAAAAUUGGCCAUAAGUUUUCCUGCUCACAAUGCGAUUAUACCACAAACCGUAAAUAUCUGAUCACACGGCACUGUCUGAUCCAUGACGAUGAAUAUGGUUUUAAGUGUUCGAUAUGCGAGCGUGGAUUCAAAACGAAUGCUGGCCUGGUGAAUCACAUGAACACGCAUAUGGGUAAAAAACCGCAUAAAUGCAAAUACUGUGAGCGAGCAUUUACCACAAGCGGCGAACUGAUUCGGCAUACGCGCUAUAAGCACACCAAAGAGAAGCCACAUAAAUGCACCGAAUGCAGUUAUGCCAGCGUCGAGUUGACCAAAUUGAGACGGCACAUGACCUGUCAUACUGGCGAACGUCCUUAUCAGUGCCCACAUUGUACUUAUGCCUCGCAGGAUAUGUUCAAACUGAAGCGACACAGUGUCAUACAUACGGGAGAGAAGAACUAUGUAUGUGAUAUAUGCCAGGCGCGUUUCACACAAUCCAAUUCGCUGAAGGCGCACAAAUUGAUCCACAGUGUCGUCGACAAACCAGUGUUCCAGUGUGAACUAUGCCCCACAACAUGCGGCCGUCGAGCCGAUUUGCGUAAUCAUGUGGCCAAUAUGCAUACGGAGCAAGAAAAGCCCUUCGAAUGUAAACGCUGUGGCCAGCAAUUAGCGGAUCGGUAUCACUAUAAACUGCAUAUUAAGUCCCAUGAGGGUGAGAAAUGUUUCCGUUGUACAUUCUGUAGCUAUGCCUCGGUGUCGGCCCGACAUUUGGAGUCCCAUAUGCGAGUCCAUUUGAAUGUGAAACCAUUCAAGUGUACCAAAUGUCCACAAACGUUUCGUCAGCAGCCGUUAUUGAAACGACACAUAAAUCUCGUCCAUGAUGAUGAAUAUCAACCGCCUCCGCCACGCCAGAAGCUGCAUUCGUGUCCCAGUUGUCCACGUAUUUUCACCCACAAGGGUAAUCUGAUGCGCCACAUGGAGAUACACGACGAUUCGGUAAAUGCUCAAGAGGAGAAGCUUAAAUUGAAAAUGGGUCGCAAUUUGAGAAUCAAACCAGAUGGCACUGUGAUCAACAUCGAAGGAGGAGGGAACACACAUGAAGAAAUCGAUGAUGACGAUGGUGGAGCGAUGGAAGCAAAUGAGGAAGAUAAUCUAGAAUAUACUAAUGAGAUGGAGAACUUGGAUUACAUUGAAGAGGAAGUUGAGGUGAUGGACAAGCCGUUGCCUGUUAUCAACAAGCAGCCAAUCAUUAUAAAUCGUAGCCUAAAAAGUAAAUCGGAUAGCAAAGCUUAUCAUCAAAUCAAAGAGGAGCGAUCUGAGACGCAAGAGUUCACGGUCAAAGUGCAAGAUGAGAAUGGUCAAUUGGUUGUAGUCGAAUUGGUUAAAAGUAACGAUGACGAGGUGGUAGUGAAACGGGAACCAAAAAACAUAAUGGUCAAUGAAGAUAAUUGCUUUGGUUUUGAGGAGGACAAUGAGGAAGAUGGUGAAGACAAUGUUGAUACUCACGCCUAUGAGGAUGCGGCGGAGCUCUUUCAUCUAAUGGAUAUGAUUGAGCAAGAUGCCUAAGAGUAAAUCAUCCAACAUUAUGAAAAUCUGUACACAUAUACGAAUACACACAUACAUACAUAACUUAUGUAACGGCAUAGUAUAAGGCAACAUUUGUUAAUCGUCAAAUUCCAAAAUAAAAAGUUGUACUUUUUAAAAUA